AACUGGGAUCUGAAGGAGAGGCAGAUAGAGAAGGAUUCCAGCUGCUGAUUUUCACUUUCCCGGGAACGGAAGAAGGCCAAGGAGUUUCUCUGGACAGGAUGCCAGAGGGACCGCUCACCUUAUCGGUUCUGAUCCGGACCAUCCGGAGUGCCCAGACGCAGGCGGAAGAACGGGAAUUGGUGCAGCGAGAAAGUGCCAAAAUUAGGGGUGCUUUUCGGGACGAUGAACCAGAGAACCGGGCCACCAAUUUGGCAAAGUUGCUGUACAUCCAUAUGUUGGGGUAUCCUGCCCACUUCGGACAGAUGGAAUGCCUGAAACUGAUCGCCUCCACCCGAUUCCAUGAGAAGCGGAUUGGCUACCUCGGGGCUGCCCUCCUAUUGGAUGAGAAGCAGGACACUCACCUUCUCCUGACCAAUAGCAUCAAGAAUGACCUGCUGCACAGCCACGCCUGGGUGCAAGGAUUAGCACUCAGCACCCUCGGAUCGCUCGGCUCCGCGGCCAUGCUGCAGGAUCUGGCCCAGGAAGUGCAACAGCUGGCCAAAACCGGGCAGCCCACCGUGCGGAGGAAGGCCAUCGUCUGCGCUGUACAUAUUACACGGAAAGUGCCCGCUUUAAUAGAUAUGUUCACACCACUGGGAGAGCAGCUGUUGAAGGAACAAAUUCACGGCAUCCUGCACAGCACCAUUAUGUUAAUCGCGGAGAUGUGUGAGAAAAACUCGCAGGCCCUCGCACAUUUCUCCAAGUUUGUUCCCCAGCUGGCCGGAAUUUUGCGCAAUCUGGUGGUGGCCGGAUAUUGUCCAAAUAACAGCAUUGCGGGCAUCAGCGAACCUUUCCUGCAGGUCCAGCUUCUCCGGCUACUACGGAUUUUAGGACGAGACAACGGCGAGGCGAGCGACGCCAUGAACGACUCCUUGGCGCAGGUGGCAACUAACACGGAAACAACACGCAACGUGGGCAAUGCCAUCUUGUACGAAACGGUGCUGACAAUCAUGGGGAUACAGUCUACCAGCGGAUUGCGGGUUCUGGCGAUAAAUAUCCUUGGGCGGUUUCUCCUUAACAAGGAUAGGAAUAUCAGAUACGUGGCCCUCACGUCGCUCCAGAAAUUGUUGAAAACGGAAAGCAAUGCCGUCCAGAGGCACCGAACCACAGUCCUCGGUUGUUUGACGGAUCCCGACCCGACGGUGAAGAGGAGAGCUCUCCAGUUGAGUUUAUCCCUGGUCAACCACGCUAACAUUCGCACAACCACUAAGGAGUUGCUGACCUUCAUGGAAAGCAGCCCACCGGACCUGAAGUCGGAGUGCACUUCCGGAUUGUUCCUGGCUGCCGAGAACUUCGCACCCAACAAACGGUGGCACAUUGAUACCAUCCUCCAGAUUCUGAUCAUGGCAGGCUCCUACAUCCGGGAUGAUGCCGUGCCCAACCUCAUCCACCUGAUUGGAGGUGCAAAGGAGCUUCAUAGUUACGCCGUGCAUCAGCUCUACGGCGCAGUGGCCCCAGAUAUCUCCCAGCAACCCUUGGUCCAAGUGGCAACCUGGUGCCUGGGUGAAUACGGGCACUUCCUGCUCGAUGGGAAUUGUGAUGAGGUGGAACCACAACAGGUGGACGCCGAGGAUGUGCUAAACUUGCUGGAACGCAUCCUCCAGUCACAACUGUCCCUGCCCUCCACCCGGGCCUACGCCCUCACCGCCCUCAUGAAGCUCGGGACACGCCUCCAGGACGCGGACAUUAACCGGAUCCGGAGUUUGGUCUCCAUUUAUUGUAGCUGCCACGAUGUGGAAUUACAACAGAGAGCCGUGGAGUACAACACCCUUUUCCGAAAAUACGAUCACCUCAGAGCAUCCAUACUGGAAAAAAUGCCCGUGGUGGAGAAAUUUGGUGAGGACAAGGAGAGCCACGAAACAGAUCAGAAUGGAAAUGAGAUUGUUACCCCAAUCGUCCUGCAGGGGGAGCCAUCCACAGAGCCCAAGCAGCAAGAACCUAACCAGGUCUUCGAUCUCUUGGACCUCCUUGGAGAACCUGUCGAUACAUCUCCGGCUCCAUCCAAGCCAGCCCAUUCGGGAACAGGAUCUCUUCUUGGUUUGCUUCAGGAUCUAAAAACUCCAGAGGCCGCCCCCUCCCGCAUGGAGGUCUGCAAACAGAACGGGCUGCUGCUGGAGUUUUGCAUGAGUCGGGCGCCACGGGAACCCACGUUGCUGCUGAUCACGGCCACGGUGACCAACACCAACCCCGGAGACAUUGAGAACUUCUCCAUGCAGGUGGCGGUGCCCAAGUCUUUCCAGGUGGAACUUUUAGCCCCCAGCAGCUCUACCGUUCCGAGCCAGGGCGGCUCCCCCGUCACCCAAGUCAUUCGAGUGUUGAACCCCAAGAAGAUCCCUCUCCGGAUGAGGCUACGCCUUUCCUACAGGCUGCCUACUGGGGCCGUUGUACAACACGUCGAAGAACUCAACUCGUUCCCAGAGACUGCGUGGAAGUGAAGAGUAGGUUACCCAAGGAGCAAGCGGGUCCUGGAGUAACAGCUACUCCUUAGUUAGCUGGUGGUGUUUACGUUCCCUUUCGAUGUCCUUUUGAAUAAACACGUCUCGUUCUGCCAG